UCACUUUGCUCACGGGACAGGUGACUGCAUCCGAUCCUUUUGUUCAUUGAACUCUCUGGGGAUGGAUCUUAUGGGCGGAUCAUCAGACCCUCCAGCAGCUUUUCAAAAUUCUGAAAAGGAAACACGAUUAACCAAACCAUCUGUUCAGGAAGGGGAUUGGAGUUCUGAAGAAAGUCGAAACAGUGGGAAAGGGAACACGAUGGCAAUGGCGGAUUCAGGUGCUUCAGCUGCCACUGACAAUAGUGGCAUCAAUGGUGGAGACACUUCCCAGAAGUUUGCAAACAUGCCCUCUCUCGAUGAAACGGACUGCCUUUCCGACGUUGAUGAUGUUGAUGUGUGUGAAUAUGAUCGAGUUUGCAUACCCUUAUUUAUUUUAUAAUGCAGAAUUUGGUCUUUAUGGUUACUUCUUUUGUGUGUAUAUUUCAAUAUGAAGGUGAGUUGCUAUAUUUGUACU